AUGGCGAGGACUCCGGCGACCGUAGCGGCGGCGGUGGUGCUGAUUGCGGCGGCCGCGGCCCAGCUGGCCGGCGCCGGCAUUCCUGACCGGUACUGGCCGGCGCCGUCGACCCCUUCCACCGGCUUCCCGACGUACGGCUGGGAGAACGCCCACGCCACCUUCUACGGCUCGGACUCCGGCCUCGGCCACGACUUCGGCGGCGCGUGCGGGUACAGCGGCAGCGACAUCGCCUCGCUCUACUCGACGAGGACGGCGGCGAUGAGCACGCCACUGUUCGCCAAAGGGGACGGCUGCGGGCGGUGCUACGAGAUCCGGUGCGUGCAGUCCAAGUGGUGCGUGCCGGGGUCGCCCUCCGUCGUCAUCACCGGCACCAACCUCUGCCCGCCCAACUGGUACCAGGCCAGCGACGACGGCGGCUGGUGCAACCCGCCGCGGAGGCACUUCGACAUGGCCCCGCCCUCCUUCUACGAGCUCGCCCGAAGGGCCGCCGGCAUCGUGCCCAUCCAGUUCCGCCGCGUGCCGUGCGAGAGGAAGGGCGGUGUCCAGUUCUGCCUCAUGGGGAACCCCUACUGGCUGCUCGUCCACGUCAACAACGUCGGCGGCGGCGGCGACAUCGGCCAGAUAGCCGUCAGGGAGACAGGCGGGGUGUGGAUCCAGAUGACGCAGAACUGGGGGAUCACGUUCCAGGCCUUCUUCGAGCUGGACAGGUCCAAGGGGCUCCAAUUCAUGAUCACCGGCGGCACCGACGGCAAGACCAUCGUCGUCGGCGAUGCCGUCCCCGCCUGGUGGAGCACCGGCCUCUGCUACCAGGGAUCAAACAACUUCUGGUAG